AUGAGGCGCGGGAUUCGGCGGGCUCCUUCCCGGAAGCGGAAGCUUGGGGGGCGGGCCAAGGGGGGCCGGGAGUCCGCGGCGGUUAAUUCCUUUUAUCGGGCGGGUUUACUUCCCUCCGUGUGGGCUUCUCUGAGGCUGCGAGAGAUGGUCAGGUCCGGAUCUCGAGCUGGCCAGGUGUUAUCUUCAGGAAAACACACCGGACCUGCUAAAUUAACAAAUGGAAAGAAAGGGACCCAUUUAAGAAAGAUAUCACGUUUUAAUGCAGAUUCUGGCUAUGCUAUCCAUUCUGAUUCAGAAAGUCAGACUGAAACUGUACAAGGGCUUGAUGGUUGUGCUUCUUUGCUGCAGGACAUUUUGAGAAAUGAAGAUUCAGGUUCAGAAAUAGCAUAUUCCGAAAAUAGAUAUAAUCCCAGAUUCUUAGAAGGCAAAAGAUUUGGAGCUAAAAAGAAAGGACAUGAAAAACAUGUUCCUUCAGGAGUCCGGAAGGAAAUUUUAUCUUCAGAUAAUAAGAAACAUAUACCUAAUGAAGCUUCUGCUGGAAGUGAGAGAGACUCAUCAGAUAUACCACAAAAUUGGUCAUUGCAAGAUCACUAUAGAAUGUAUUCACCCAUAAUAUACCAAGCCCUCUGUGAGCAUGUGCAGACUCAAAUGUCACUGAUGAAUAACUUGGCUUCAAAGAACAACCCUAAUGGAAUUCCUACUGUACCUUGCCAGACCAUGUCUGAUUCUGAAUCUCAGGCAACUCUACAUUCUAGUUAUGGCUUAUCUACCUCCACCCCAGUCCAGUUACCACAGCAUCCAUCCUGCCCUCCAAUGGUUCAUUCUGAGGUUCAGACUGAUGGUGACAACCAGUUUGCAUCACAAAGUAAAACAGUUUCUGUGAACUGUACUGAUGUUCUACAGAAUUCCUUCAGUACUGGUCUUGGCGUUCCAUGUAGCCUGCCUAAAACAGACAAACCAACUGUUCCACCAUUUCAGCAGCUGGGUCUUAUUAAUGGAAUUCUGCCACAGCAAGGAGUUCCUAAGGAACCAGACCUACUAAAGUGUUUUCAAACAUACAUGAAUCUCUUGCAUUCUCAUCCGGACAGUCAGAUUCGCCAAAGCCCCACUCUGUUGCCACCAGCUUUCCUGUCCAGUAAUGAAGACAAAUGUGCCAAAGAACAAAUUGGAGAAGUCACAAGUGAAGGAAAGGAUUUAAACAUACACAUGCGAGAUUCAAGAAUAAAGGAUGUGCAGAAGGCAAAAAAUGUGAACCAGAGUGCCGAAAAAGCCAGAACUAUAAAGUAUUUAUUGGGAGAGCUCAAGGCCCUGCUAGCAGAGCAAGAGGAUUCGGAAAUUCAGAGGUUGAUUACAGAAUUGGAGGCGUGUAUAUCUCUGCUUCCAGCAAUAAGUGGAAACACAAAUAUUCAAGUUGAAAUAGCACUGGCCAUGCAACCACUAAGAAGUGAAAAUGCUCAGUUACGCAGGCAACUGAGAAUUUUGAACCGGCAACUUAGAGAACAAGAAAAAACUCAAAAGGCAUCUGGUGCUCUGGAAUGCAACCUUGAAUUGUUUUCCCUUCAGUCAUUGAACAAGUCCCUGCAAAACCAAUUACAAGAGUCACUGAAGAGCCAGGAAUUACUGCAGAGUAAAAAUGAAGAACUUUUAAAAGUGAUUGAAAAUCAGAAAGAUGAAAACAAAAAAUUUGCUGGUAUAUUUAAAGAGAAAGAUCAAACUUUACUUGAAAAUAAACAACAAUUUGACAUUGAGACAACAAGAAUAAAAAUUGAAUUGGAGGAAGCCUUGGUCAAUGUGAAAAGCUCCCGGUUUAAGUUAGAAGCUGCUGAAAAGGAAAAUCAAAUAUUGGGAAUAACAUUACGUCAGCGUGAUGCUGAGGUGACUCGCCUGAGAGAAUUAACCAGAACUUUACAGAGCAGUAUGGCAAGGCUUCUCUCAGAUCUUAGUAUGGACAGUGCUCGCUGCAAGUCUGGGAAUAAUCUUACCAAAUCAAUUCUGAACGUUUAUGAAAAACAGCCUCAACAUGACCCAAUCCCUGCUCAUACUUCCAUAAUGAGCUACCUAAAUAAGUUAGAAACAGAUCACACUUUUACACAUUCUGAGACACUUUCUGCAGUUAACAAUGAGGAGAGCAUGGAGCCAGAUAGACCUUAUGAAAAUGUCCUGCCCUCCAGAGGCCCUCAACAUAGUCACACAAGGAGCAUGGAGGAAGCAUCAGGCCCUGGGAUGAUUUCUACGCUUUCAAAACAGGAUUCUGUCGAGGAGAGUGAAAUUACAACUCUAAUAGACAAAGAGUGUAAUUUGGAUAAUACAAUUUACAUUCCUUUUGCUAGAAGCACUUCUAAAAAGAAGUCACCACUAUCUAAGAGACUGUCCCCCCAGCCAGUCGGCAACAGUGGACUUGUCUCUGAAAAGGCAAAUAAAUUGUGUGCACCUGUAGUUUGUUCCUCUUCCAAAAAGGAAGCCGAAGAUGCACCUGAGAAACUUCCCAGAAUAGCUGAUAGGGAAGACAAGCAGCUCCUCAAGAAGAUAAAGGAAGCCAUUUGCAAGAUCCCUGCUGCCCCUGAGGAGCCGCCGGAGCUGGCUGCGGGUCCUGGCCCCGCCACCUAUCAGAGCAGCGGCAUUCGAGGGAGGAGUAGUGCGGUCUCCGACGGUAGCUUUUUAAAUUCUGACUUGACGUCGGACUGGAGCAUCUCUUCCUUUUCAACCUUCACUUCUCGUGAUGAACAAGACUUCCGGAACGGCCUUGCAGCACUGGACGCUAAUAUUGCCAGACUCCAGAAGUCCUUAAGGAUGGGUCUUCUGGAGAAAUGAACUCAGAAGAAUAAGGGACUGAGUGCUUCUUUUAAGAAUGACCUUGGCUACAUUGAAUGUAUAUUUUAAAUUUCUUUAGAGAAAUGAUGUCUUAUACCAAUUAUGUAUGAUAAGUGUAUGAAUAAUAAAUUUA